AUGGUGGGCGGGCGGCGGCAGGCGCGCGGCGCGGCGGUGCAGGCGAUCCAAACGCCCGCGCGCCCCACGGCCCCCGCGGCGCCCCAGCAGAAGCUGCAGCAGGCGGGGGCGGGCAUUGUACAGCUGUACCGCUACCCGGGCCUCACCCAGUCCAAGGCCAAGACGUUGCUGCGCAAGGCCCAGGACAAGGCCUCUCCAAGCAUCACUGCAAUUGAUGGAGAGCUGUGCUACAACAUCGCCCUCACCGCCCCCCUCACGCCCGCCGAGGCCGAGACCCUGGCCUGGCUGCUGCGGGAGACGUUUGAGCCGGAGCUGCUCACCGGCGGCACAGAGUUCCCCGCGUCCGCGGUGGGGCCUGACGACAUCGUGGUGGAGGAGAUGGGUCUGGCCUUUGACGAGUGGGACCUGGACUACUACACACAGAUGUUCAGGGACGAGCUGGGGCGGGACCCCACCAACGUGGAGCUCUUUGACAUCGCCCAGUCCAACUCAGAGCACAGCAGCUCCAGCACCGGCAGGCUGGCCGCGCGCCGGGCUUCGCCGCCGCAGCAGGCCCGUGGCCGGUCGCGCGCCGGCUCCACGCUGGAGGCCAACAAGGGCAACAGCGUGAUCGGCUUCAAGGACAACUCGUCCGCCAUCCGCGGCGGCGCCGUCACCCCGCUGCUGCCCGCCACGCCCGGCGGGCCCGCCCCGCUGGCGCCGCAGCCCCGCGACUGGGACGUGCUGCUCACGGCUGAGACCCACAACUUCCCGUGCGCCGUGGCGCCCUACCCGGGCGCCGAGACGGGGGCGGGGGGGCGCAUCCGCGAUACCCAUGCCACCGGCAUCGGCUCCAUGAUGGGCGCCGCCAGCGCGGGAUACUGCGUGGGCAACCUGCGCAUGGAGGGGUAUGAACAGCCCUGGGAGGACCCCUCCUUUGAGUAUCCCGCCUCGCUGGCGCCACCCCUCCAGAUCCUGGUGGACGCCUCCAACGGCGCCUCCGACUACGGCAACAAGUUUGGGGAGCCGCUCGUCUGCGGCUACACGCGCACCUUUGGGCAGCGGCUGGCGGGCGGGGAGCGGCGGGAGUGGAUCAAGCCCAUCAUGUUCAGCGGCGGCCUUGGCCAGAUCGACCACGCCCACCUGUACAAGAACGACCCAGAGAUCGGCAUGCUUGUGGUGAAGAUCGGCGGCCCCGCCUACCGCAUCGGCAUGGGCGGCGGCGCCGCCUCCUCCGUCCCCUCGGGCUCCAACUCCGCUGACUUGGACUUCAAUGCGGUACAGCGCGGCGACGCGGAAGUCAGCCAGAAGCUGUGGCGCGUGGUGCGGGCGUGUGUGGAGCUGGGGGACGUCAACCCCAUCGAGCAGAUCCACGACCAGGGCGCGGGCGGCAACUGCAACGUGGUCAAGGAGAUCAUCUAUCCGCUGGGCGCGCAGAUUGACGUGCGCGCGGUGCGCCUGGGCGACCAGACGCUGUCGGUGCUGGAGAUCUGGGGCGCCGAGUACCAGGAAAACGACUGCCUGCUGAUACGGCCAGAGGCGCGCGCCACUCUGGAGGGCAUCUGCGCACGCGAGCGCUGCCUGAUGCAGGGCACCACCGCGGCGGCGGCGCUGGACCGCGUGCUGCGCCUCCCCGCCGUGGACCGCUCUGUGACGGGGCUGAUUGCGCAGCAGCAGUGCUGCGGCCCGCUGCAGCUGCCGGUGGCUGACGUGGCGGUGAUGGCGCAGACGCACUUUGGGCUGACCGGCGCCGCCACCGCCAUCGGCGAGCAGCCCAUCAAGGUGCUGACCCCCGACCUCAAGGCCCCCGGCGCCUCCCGCCUCCUCCACGUCGACCUGGCCGCCGGGCGGCGGCGCCUGGGAGGCUCCGCCCUGGCCCAGGCAUACGGCCAGGUGGGCGACGCCUGCCCUGACGUCGACCCCGCGCUGCUGGGCGCCGCCUUCAAUGCCACUCAGCGACUGAUUGCGGAGGGGCGGCUGCUAGCAGGCCACGACAUCUCGGACGGCGGCAUCGCCACAGCGAUCCUGGAGAUGGCCUUUGCCGGCAACUGCGGCGUGGCGGUGGACCUGCCUGCUCCCGCUGCCGACCCCCAUGGCGAGCUGGCGGUACUGUUUGCCGAGGAGCUGGGCUGGGUACUGGAGGUAUCUGAGGAGCAGGAGGCGGCGGUACUGGCGGCGUACGUGGCAGCGGGGGUGCCCUGCGCCGCCAUUGGCGCCAGCCGCGCGGGCGCGGAGGUGUCGGUGGCGGUGGGCGGCGGUACCGCGGCCAUCGCCGGUACCACCCCGGCCCUGCGCGACACCUGGGAGGCCACUUCCUUCCAGCUGGAGCGGCUGCAGUGCGCGGAGGAGAAUGUGGAGGCCGAGGCGUCUGGGCUGGCGGCGCGGGCGGCCCCCACCUGGCGCCUGCCCUACACCCCCGCCUGGACGCCACCUGACAAGCUGGCGGCCACGGGCAAGGUGCGGGUGGCCAUCCUGCGGGAGGAGGGCAGCAACGGCGACCGCGAGAUGGCGGCGGCGGUGUGGGCGGCGGGCAUGGAGCCCUGGGACCUGCACAUGAGCGACCUGCUGGCGGGGGGGGCCACCCUGGAUGACUUCCAAGGCCUGGUGUUUGUGGGCGGCUUCAGCUACGCCGACGUCAUGGAUUCCGCCAAGGGCUGGGCCGGCACCAUCCGCUUCAACGACCGCCUUUGGUCCCAGUUCCAGCGCUUCUACGCCCGCCCAGACACCUUCUCCCUGGGCGUCUGCAACGGCUGCCAGCUCAUGGCGCUGCUGGGAUGGGUUCCCGCCUCCGGCGCCGCCGCUGCUGCUGGCGGCGGCGCCGAGGGCGCCGCGCCGCUGCUCGAGGACGCGCGGCAGCCGCGGUUUGUGCACAACGCGUCGGGGCGGUUUGAGUCGCGCUGGGCCAUGGUGCGGGUGGAGGAGGGCAGCCCCGCGGUGAUGCUGCGCGGCAUGGCGGGGGCGCAGCUGGGGGUGUGGUGCGCGCACGGCGAGGGGCGGGCGCACUUCCCCGACGCCGCUGUGCGGGCGCGGGUGGAGGCCGAGGCGCUGGCGCCCAUCAGGUACUGCGACGCCAAGGGCGCGCCCACCGAGCAGUACCCCUUCAACCCCAACGGCUCCCCCGCCGGCAUCGCCGCGCUCUGCUCCCCCGACGGCCGCCACCUGGCCAUGAUGCCGCACCCCGAGCGCUGCUUCCUGGCCUGGCAGCUGCCCUGGUACCCGCGGGGGAUGGAGGGGCUGGAGGCCGCAUGCCCGGGGCCCUGGCUCAAGCUAUUCCAGAACGCCCGCGAGUGGUGCGAGGCGCAGGCGUGA